UUUCUCAUCGUGUUCAACUGCAGUGAAUUAUAAAUAUUAACUGACUUCUGACUUUUUCUUUGGAUACUUUGUUCUGAGAUGUAUUAUAAGAGUAAAAUCUUUGAUUUUGUUCAAAAAAAUUUUUUUUUGGAAUAGGCGGUCGGGCUGGUUAAAGUUAAUCUGUCAUGCCAAAUUGCAUGUCAAAAUUGCAUCUUUUCGUUGGUAUUGGUGUUGGAGGUCAGGGAAAUUAAAGUACUUUUCUCUCGUUUUAUCUUCUUUCUGGUAGGGGAUGCUUUAUGUUAUCCCGUAUUGCCUAUUAACAAGUAAAAUUCAUAUCUUUGCUGUUUCCUGUAUACUUUUAUCCUCUUUCCCCUUAUCAGGGCUGCUUAAUCUUAGCCAUGAUGCCAAUUAACAUGUAAAGAUUGCAUCUUUAUUAGUUUUUCUGUUGGAGACAGCAAAAUGAAAUAAAUUAUCUUGCAAAAGUUGUAUCUUUGUUAGUUUUAUUUUGGUUCAAAAGAUUGCAUCUUUGUUAGUUUUUGCUGUUGGAGACAGCAAAAUGAAGUAAUUGUUAUUGCAAAGGCAGUUCCUUUCGUUCUCUCUUUUUUGGGUUUGGAGUAGUUGUUAAUAAGUACUGCUAUUAACAAGUGAAAAUCAAAUUUUUGUUAGUUUAUUUUAUUCUUUUUUUUUGGAUUUGAGCUUGUAAAUUAAAUGUGAAAAUUGCAUCCCGUUGGCCGCAGAGGUACUAUAGAAGUAUUCUGGCAAUAUGUAAGAAGUUCUUUUUCGUUAUUGUUUCAGGAACAAACAACAAUGUGCUGGUUUGGAAACAGAGCUUUGCCUUUUGCAAUCCUCGUGGCGGCAACUGGGGCGGCCAUUCAGAAAGCAAUUAAAUCUUUUGGUGGACAGGGGAAAGCAAUUGUUUUGCAAGAAAAGCACGAGCAAGAUUUUGUUCAUAAGGCUGAUGAUGGUCUUGCGAAUGAGGAUAGUAUCAGUCGACUGCCAGAUGAUUUGCUGUCAGAUGUCCUUUCACGUUUGGACUUGAUAGAGGCUGUUGGGACAAGAAUUUUGUCAAGAAGGUGGAAAAAUGUUUGCAAAGUUGUAGCUACUUUAGAUGUUCAGGAACUUGACCUCAAAUUUAUCUGUUCUUCUUUGCCUCUUUGUCAAUGUGCAAAAUCCAACAUGGGUGAGCUUUUCCCUGUCUCAUUUCGGCUUCUUACUGCAGUAGCUACAAUGAAACAUUUGCGCUUAUUGGCUUGUUCUUUGCAACCAAGUUUCCCUACCCAAUUUAAUUCCCUUGAGGGCCUUUAUUUAGACUUGGUUCACCUGAGUGAUGGAGAAUUACCGAGAAUGUUGUCUUCUUGUGUUAACCUUCAGACUCUUAGACUCGGAUUUUGUAAACUUACUCCUAAGCUUUCUAUCUCUGGUCCGUGUCUCCAAUUGAAGUUUCUGUAUGUUCAUUCCUGUCCUGGUUUGGAGGAGAUUGAUAUCUGUGCUGGCAACCUGAUUACUUUUUCUUUCUUUCACAAUGGCCCGAUAAAGUUUUCGCUCUGUGUUCCCAAACUAGAAGAUGCACGCAUCACCUUCACUGGCAAUGGUUCCAUACCUUAUUUUUUUGGAGAAGUUCUGAAGGACUGUCCUAAGUUAAAAAACUUAUUAUUCCAAACACACAGUGACAAGCUACAAUAUACACCUGGAAAGAUGGAUAUGUUCAGCAAUCUUAGGACAUUAUAUUUUGUCCCAGGAAUGAGGUCUCCACCUGAUCUACUGAAUGUUGUGCCUAUUUUGGAGGCUUGUCCACAUUUAGAAGAAUUUCGUCUGCAGUUACUUUGUCGAGGUUUCAAUGAAGAAAGAGGAAGAGAAUGGCCUCCCAGACGCCUUGGUCAAUUAAAAGAAGUGGAAUUUAAUGGAUUUCACGGGACAGUAAAUGAAAUUCAUUUUGCUACUUAUUUGGUAAAAAAUGCUCCAGCACUUGAACGACUGUGGAUCCGCUCACCCUAUAGGUUCUAUUGUGAUGAUUAUCAUUUAGAAACUGGAGGCGGUUGGUACAGAGAUGAGCGAGUCGAUACUCUGCAUGAAGAAUUAAUGAUGCAAGCCGUCUCCAGCAAACUGCAGGUGAAUAUUGUAAGAUCUCCAAGAACAGAACUCAGAAUCUGUGGGAGAGAAUAAACGCAUCGAAUAAAGUGGAGGUGAAGAAUUAAUGAUUCAAGGCCGCUCCAACAAGCUGCAGGUGAAUAUUGAAAGAUCUCCAAGAACAGAACUCAAAAUCUGUGGGAAAGAAUAAACGCAUCGAAUUGUGCUGGAUUAUUCAUAUACAAGGUGUGCAAUAAUUAAGUCUACUAGUCAUUCAUACGUCAAUUAUUUGUAGAGGUGGCAAAUCAACCCACUUAAAUAAAUUUAUCCAUACCCGCCCAUGAAUAGAUGGGUAUGGGUAUCUUAAAUUUUUGUAUAUGGAUAUAAAUGGGUUAUCCAAUAAUACCCAUUUAUUAAAUGGGUAUUAUUGGGUAACCCAUCAAACCCAAUUAACCCAUUUAAAAUUCUCUUUCCCUAAA